AUGAAAACACAUUCUGUGUCCACGGCUGUCUCGUUAUCCUCGCUUCUUCUUCUCACAAAUGCCUGGCCGCUUCUCCCAAAUAUCCUUGACCGAAGAAACCCUGCCUCAUACUCCGUUGUCGCGGUGGACGGUGGUGCGGGAGCAUCAGCGACCACAGUUACCGAUGCAUCUACUCGCACAGAAACAGUCUUGACAACGCAGCUCACUACUCUCGUGGUUACGGAGUCAGAGACACCCAACACAAUCGUGGUCACUGUGACGACCGCAUCUCCAACUACGAUCACCGAUUACUUGCCAGGUCCAGUGUCGACCGAAGUGGUGACUGCUACUCCCGCUGCACCUGCUUCCCCUUCACUGUCGAGUCAGGAGGCCCCAUCAAGCAGCAGUGCCCCUGAGACAUCAUAUCCCGCACAGAACAGCCCAGCCAUUUCGACACUGGCACCAUCGAUAGCUACGACCGAGACGACAACUGAGACAACACAACUACCAGCAUCCACGGAAACCACAUCAAUAUUAGAAACGGCUGCACCUGAAACUACACCACCUCCGCCUCCACCUGCCCCAGUACCAGCGGCGGCAAAUAGCACGACAUCUAUUACGACUACGACUACGACAAAUGAAACGAGGCCUACGACUAGCACGACGAGCACGACGAGCACGACUACCACGACUACCACGAACUCGGAACCGAGCUCAUCAUCAACUACACCAUCAACUACCACACCAGGCCCGACAACGAGUCCAUCUGAAGUGACCAUAACCGUCACCCAACCGCUGCCAUCUACAAGGCCGUAUGAUGACGGGAUGUGGCAUACAUACUACUACUAUACUGUUACGUCCGAAGGCCAGUCUACGUCAUCCACCACUACUAGCAGCACGACAAGCUGCAGUACUGGAGUCAGCGAGACCGUUAGACUGAGCUCCAGCACGACUGCAACUUUCUCUCCCGCCACUCUACCGACGGCGUCAGAAUCCAGUUCCAGCCCGCUCACCACUACCACGAGCCUUGCUACUUGGGGUGCCGUCAACCUCGAAAGUUGGACCAGCUCAACUACGACACUGUCAGAAACAAGUACAGUCUUUCCUACUCUUCCUCCCCUGGCGCCAUGGAGCAACUCUACCAGGAACUCCCGCUCCUAG